CGCACACUGCGCAGGCACGGGUCCUCGCCUGCUCUCGCAUAAGAAACAACGUGUCGCUUUUCUCUCCGCUUGAACACAAUCAACGGGCAUGAUUUGCGUUCUCUAGUUCAGCUGUAUAAUUUUCUGGAGUUCUAUCAAUCAAUCAAAAGACGUCUUCGCUCAGAUCCUUUUGAAAGCGGAGCGCCAAAUGCUCUACCUGGCCAGCUUGUGUGUAGUAUAGGGAGGACUUUAGCGAGGAUAUCUGGAGACAAUUCAAUCACCCAGCUCAAUCACUCGGGUACAGCAAAGCGUAACUCUGGUGUCGAGUCGCCAUAUAGCCCGAAGCUUUGGGCAAGAAAGCAGGUGGAGAUCAUCGCUCGUAGUUUGAUAAUACCCCCUCGUUUUCUUCAGGCAGUAGAAUUUACGGAGUUCGUCGACAACUUGUACAGUUAACGGCUGCUGAAAGGGAGGGGGACCGUCCCCCUGUAGUGACUACGGGAAGCAGAGCCUGUUAACGAUGCAGUUUAUAUGGGGACUCAAGACCGUCUUCUCCCACUUGCAUCCGCACCACCACCAUUAUCAUCACCACCACCAUAAGGGGCCAAAGCGACCGGAAACCGACAUUGUUGAUGACGUCACGCAGCUCAUCGGCCGCACGCCCCUGGUGUAUCUUAAUAAAGUGGUGGAGGGGUGUGCGGGCACCAUCGUGUGCAAGCUCGAGAGCAUGGAGCCGUGUGGGAGCAUCAAGGACCGAGUGGGGUACAGCAUGAUCGCUGACGCUGAGGAGAAGGGAUUGAUCAAGCCAGGCAAGAGCGUGCUGGUGGAGCCGACCUCGGGCAACACGGGCAUCGGGUUGGCAUUCAUAGCAGCGGCGAGGGGCUACAAGCUCGUCCUCACCAUGCCCGCCUCCAUGAGCCUCGAGCGCCGCGUGCUGCUCAAGGCCUUUGGGGCCGAGCUCGUUUUGACCGACCCUGACGAGGGCAUGCGGGGAGCCAUCAUUAAAGCCAAGGAGAUUGUGAGCAACUCAAAGCAUGCCUUCAUGCCGCAGCAGUUUGAAAACGAGGCCAAUACCAAGAUUCACUAUGAGACGACGGGGCGGGAGAUCUGGGAGGACACAGGGGGGCUUGUGGAUGUGGUGGUGUGCGGCAUUGGCACGGGGGGCACAGCCAUGGGCGUGGGGCAGUACCUUAAAGCCAAGAAGCCCAGCGUCAAGAUGAUUGCAGUGGAACCUGAAGAGUCAAAUGUCCUGUCAGGUGGAUACCCAGGCCCGCACAUGAUCCAGGGCAUCGGGGCGGGCUUCAUCCCAAGCAUUCUGGAUGAAGCCAUGCUGGAUGAGGUCAUCGCGGUCAGCAGCGAUGACUCGAUUCAAAUGGCACGCCAGCUGGCGAUCAAGGAAGGCAUGCUGGUUGGCAUAUCCUCGGGCGCGGCUGUGGUUGCUGCAAUCCAAGUUGCAAAGCGGCCCGAAUAUGCGGGAAAGAUGGUGGUGGCCAUUAUUCCUAGCUUUGGUGAGCGGUAUUUAUCUACAACACUCUUCUCAAAUCUUUGGGAGGAGGUUUAUAACAUGCCAACGUCUCAGUAGCCUGUAAACUGGGUUAUAAACAUAAAGGGAUUUUGCUCAGUUUUGCUUAGGGGGAGUAAUGGAAGGGCCUUCAGCAUCAUGUUAGAGUAUAUUUAUGUAAAACGCUGCAUUAUUGUGUUAUCGUAAUCG